UUUACAAAGUUUUACCCAAAUUACGCUUGACAAAGAUGUCGCUUACCUUCUUUUACUUCCAGUAGCGGUUCCUUCUUCCUCCAUCUCUCUUGCUCGCACUCCAACCGUUAACGUAAGACUUUACGUUAGUCAUGUCAAUUGACCAAUCAUGAUGCAGUAUUUGUGACUGAUGGCGCUCUCUCCCAAUGAAAUGUUGACGUUAGGGCUGCAUCAUUUACUGGGUUCAAAGUUCACAACUUGUUUGCGCCAAAUGCAACUCGUUGAAGAAAACAAAGAUGCAGCUCCUGUAAGUGGCAAACAGUAGGGCACAUUUGAAAAUGGCACAGAGGCACAACUCACGUUGGAGGAGAAAAGUGAAGAGCCAACAAAAUACUUGCAAAAGAUACAGAAGAAAGCAGGACACACAAGGACAGGAGAACAGAGAUGACUGCCGCACUGAGCAAGAGACCAGUUCUGCUAAUCUGGAAGCUGAUGACGUUGCAGAUCUGGAAGACUCUUCAAUCACAAAUUUGUGUGACCUCCAUAACACCAACCAUACAUCCCAGUGCAGUGGACACACAAGUGAGAUGCAUCACUCUGGACUUAAUGUUGAAUCAGAGCCUGAACAGCCUUUUCACACAGAUACAUUUGUUGAUCACCUUCCUGAAUUUGUUGAAGAAGACGAAAAUGUGUUAUUUGACGAUGACCUGUCAUUUUAUGAUGACCUGUCAUUUGAGGACGGUUUAGAGCUAAACCAAGAGGAGGGAACAGAACCCAAAAGCCCUACAAACACUGGAGAUAAUCCAAUUUACAGAGAUGCGCCAGUUUCUGUUGCAGAGAGUCUUCUCCUCAUAAUGACUUUUGCAAAUAGACACAAAAUAACAGGAAAAGCUCUCAGUGACUUGCUUACACUAAUCUCUCUGCACUGCCCCUCUGAUAUCCAGACUGAAUGUCUUCAGAAUUUACACAAAUUUAAACAAUUUUUUGACGAUUCCUCCUCUCCGCUUUUGCACAAAUACUGUAGUGCAUGCUUCAUGACUGUUGAGAGUACAGACAACCAGUGUAAAACCUGUGAAGCCAGUGUGUUGAUGGAGGGAUCAACUUCCUAUUUUAUUGAGGUUCCCAUUGAAGCACAACUGAAGAGAUUGUUUGCUAAGGAAGGUUUUGAAGAAAAACUUAUGUUCAGGUUUAAUAGACACAAAAAGUGUCAUGACAGUAUUGAGGACAUAUAUGACGGAGAAGCCUAUCAGAAAUUGACUACUUGUCAUGGCCCUCUCAAUGAUUCCAGAAACAUUUCUUUAAUGUGGAACACUGAUGGCAUACCCAUUUUUAAGUCUUCAAAGUUUUCUGUGUGGCCUUUUUAUUGUGUCAUAAACGAGUUAAACUUUGUUGAACGCACUAAACGAGAAAACAUGAUAUUUGCAGGUCUUUGGUUUGGGGACUCAAAGCCGUCAAUGUUGACAUUCCUUGAACCACUAUGUGAAACUCUGAACAAAAUCGAAAGAGAUGGAAUUUCUGUUCAAUUUGCAGGAGCUCAAGAGCCUUUCCUAUGCAAAGCCUUUACCAUUGCAGGUACCUGCGAUUUGCCCGCAAAAGCAUUGGUAUAUAAUACUGUUCAAUUCAAUGGACAGUUUGGGUGUCUAAAGUGUGAACAGCCAGGUCAAACAGUAAAGACAGGAGAAAGAGGUCAUGUCCAUGCCUUUCCUUUCCAGAAGACAGAUCCAAAAGGCCCACCUCGUACCCACAAGGGGUUUGUAGAUAAUGCGAAGAUGGCCUAUGAUUCCAACAGCAUUGUACGUGGGGUGAAGGGACCUACCUUUCUCAGUAGACUAAAAAGCUAUGAUUUGGUCUUGGGUACAGGUAUAGACUAUAUGCACUCUGUACUACUGGGAGUAAUGCGUCUAUUGAUGUUUUUGUGGUUUUCCACAGAGUUUUCCCGAUGUGCAUUCAGUAUGGUUAGGUCAAUCAGAGAAGUUGACAAACGCAUGAAAGAAAUAAGACCGCCAUUUUUGAUUAGAUUCCCUCGUUCUGUGUCCUCUCACAGAAUGUUCUUUAAAGCAUCUGAGUAUCGGUCCAUUUUGCUGUUUUUUGGGCCAGUUGUAUUCCGGGGCAUUCUUGCAGGCCUGUACUACAACCAUUUCCUGCUCCUUAGUGAAGCGAUCUUCAUUCUUAUGAUGGAAUCAAUAACCCCUGCGCAAAUAGAUCAUGCUGAAAAACUACUUUGGAAUUUCUGUUCUCAAAUGAGUGGACUUUAUGGUGAACGAUACAUGAUAGCCAAUAUCCACUUACUUGUCCAUUUAGCAGAUAGUGUAAGAGCUCUUGGACCUCUGUGGACACACUCUUGCUUUCACUUUGAAGACAAAAAUGGGUACUUACUUCGUCUUAUACAUGGGACCCAGAAUAUACCUGUCCAAAUGGUUAAUGCUGUAAAGACUAUACAGUCUCUCCCUAGCAUCACACAAAACAUAAAGCUGAACACAGUAGCUACCGAGUUUUUGGCCAGAAUGACAAAUGGCACUAGUUAUCAAGCUGUUAAUGUUGACAAUAGUGUGGCCAUGAUAGGGGCAGCAUUCAACAGAUGUCUUGAAACUGAUGAUAUGUCUCUUCUGGAACAGUUUCGUGGUCAGGGUUUAUAUACUAAUGUUGUCAAGGCAUAUAACAGAGCUCAAAUAGGGAAAACGGUUUACACUUCCAAGCAGUAUGUCAAAGCCAAAAGACGGAACAAUUCCACAGUGUUAUUUUGUGAUGGUAUGCAGAUCAAAUAUGGUCAGAUUGAAUUAUUGUGUUCCUACAAAGAAGGUCAAAAUGAGAUGAAUCUUGUAUUUGUGAAUGAAUUUGCAGUUGCAGGUAUAAAUCUUCUAAGGGACACUUUGACAGGUGGGACAUGUUUCCAUAUUGUGAGCCUCUUGGAAGUUCCUGUAAAAAGGACAGUAGUUGGACUUGAAAGUAUUUUGGGAAAGUUGAUGUUUAUUGAUUUGUCCUCAAUGCCUGGUAUUGUGUUUGCUGCACAUUUCCCUAACAAACUUGAAAGGGACUAAACAUAUUUAUGAACUCAAAGACAUGAUCUUUUUGUGAACAGAAGAGCCCAUGAUUUUUCCAACUAGUAGAAAUUCCUUACUGAAAAUAUAGUCUCAAGUUGAUGGGCAGAUAGUAUUUUGAUGCUAUAUUAAGACAAAUGUCAGUGAUCUCAACAGUUCUAUUAAUAUAUUGCCACACAAAUAGGUCACUUUGGGGCUUAACAUGAGAAGAUACAGACAUCUGAAUAUAUUACAUUGACACCACUAAUGGUCUGAGUUUUUGUUAGUUAAACUUUGACACAGCUGAAACGUAUCUUCUUGGUCUUAAAAGCUACAUCGUUGGAUGCUAAUAUAGUUUUAUGAUCUUGAAAGACUGUGAUCAGUGCAAUGUUCCAUGUACUAAUAUUGUUAGAUUAUUGAUUUUGAGAUAUCCAGUGAAACAUAUUGUUAUAGUGGUUUUUGUUGGCAUUUUGUAAAAUAAAUUUCCACAAUGCAAAUGUC